AUGUCAGAUCAUCUCUCUGAAGAAGUAGUAGCUGAAAUCUUGAAGAGACUAUCAGUCAAAUCUCUAUUGAAAUGCACAAGUGUCUGCAAAUCAUGGUACUCUCUAAUCUCAAACCCUAGUUUCAUUUCCCUUCACAUAGCUCACACCACUCAAGUCAACAAACUCUACUUCCUUGUCAAGAAGAACCUAACAUAUCCUAUGAAACCACACUUUGUAUUGCAUAGUGAUAAUGAGUCCUUUAGCGAGUUUAAACAACUGGGUGACUAUGGAAAUGAUGUAGACGUAGCCGAGUUUAUUACAACUUCUUUACGAGAGCAUUGCAACGGAACUAUUUUCUUUACUGGAUUUGGGUUUGAUAGUAAGAACAAUGCCUACAAAGUCGUGAGGAUUGCUUAUAUAGGUAAGGUUUUUAAACCGUUCGGAAUCAUCCAAGUACCGUUUGUCGAGAUUUUUGAACUUAGCUCCAAUGCUUGGAGGAUCAUUACUGUCAAGAAUCUAAAUUAUGUUCUUUAUGAUACUGAUUCUUUUGCUUAUUUGAAUGGUGCUGUUCAUUGGGUAGCACAAAUAUACGGUGGGGUUGGUAGAAAAAUGAUGAUAGCUUCCUUUGAUUUGAGCAGCGAAAUAUUUGAAGAGUUAACGCUCCCUCAUGCCUUAGUUGACUCAAGUGACCCUAGUGUUACUUUAUCGGUGUACCACCAAUCAUUAGCUCUGAUACACUAUGAAGAACCGAUAUUUUAUGACGAGUCUUGCAUGAGUUUUACAAAAUGUUGUAUUUGGGUGAUGAAAGAGUAUGGUGCAGCAGAAUCUUGGACUAAACUAUUUAACAUAAAUUUACCAAAUCCUGGAGGUUUGAUGAGGGUGCUAAGCUUUCAACACCAUGGUGGAAUUCUUAUUGAGGAUGGUAAUAGCGAGAUAGCUUCUUAUGACCCCAAGACACAAAGGGUCACGCCUCUUUGCUUCCAUGGAUACAUCUUCGAAGUGCAUUCCUACAUGGAGAGCCUUCUUUUACUCAAGAACAGAACCGCUAAAUUAACUUCUGUCUAUUUAUUUGAGGGUGUGUGUGAAAUGACUGCAAUGAGACUAUUGGUUGUUUCACAAUUAAAAAAUUUACUGUCCAUGGCUUUGGUUCUCAUUCUUGCUGGAAUGAGCAAUUUAAAUGAGCAAUUAAAAGAAAUGACGGUUCUUGAUGCAUUAGUCCUCUCUGAAAUUCUCUAUUCAUUUACCGUGUAUGGCGGAUCACUUGCUACAUAUAUUAUAGAAAUUUGA